AUGAAUUAAGUCGAUAAUUUGCUGAAGCUAACCUUAAGUACUAAGAAAUCUUAACUAUUGGAGAAUAACUCAAACGCUGAAGUUUUAAAAUAAUGGGAAUAGAAAUUAUUGCAAAAAGAAUAAUAAGUAUCUUAUACCAUAAUACUUAAGUAUAGUUAAUCUAAAAAGAAAAGAAGUUGAAAGAAAAAGAGAAUUAAUUAUCAUAAAAGGAGGACUUAUUAGUUAAAAAGGAAUUAGAUCUAAAUGAAAGAAUGAUUAAAUAUUCUGCUAUUUUAGAAUAGAUUAUUGCCCAGAAAUAAACAAAAUCAGAUGCUUCAUUAUUACCAUUAAACUCUAACGAUAGAUCUUAUAGAAAUAAAAAUAUCAAUGAAUACUAAAACCGAGUGAUUAAUUUAUUAAACACAAUCAGAAGUAAUAGUUAAUAGUAGCAAUAAUUGAUCCAUUAACAAUCUUACAUGGGAAGUACUUUAGAAUUAACUGAUGAUAGAUUCAAUAAGAGUUCAAAAGGAUUUUUAUUGUUAUGA